CGAAUUGAUGCUUGAACUUUUGUUUUUUGUCGUCUUCUUUGGCGUGCCAUACUUGUUGUCAAGGAAGUAUGCCAUAAAACCUAAGAAAUCUCAGGUCAUCACGCCUAAUAAAGGAACACAAAUUAAACCAGUUGCUAUAGAGAAAUUUGUUCCCAAACCAAAAUAUCCUAUAGUAGGCCCCCCCUCCUCAAGUAAUGUGCAAAAAAACCCAGCAGACAAAGAGAUGUUUUAUGGAAAGGGCAGCGAUGCUCCAAGAGCCUUCUGGGAUACUGUAGCACGAAGAGCUUCCACUGCAGUAGUCGCGCCUAUCAAUAAAGAAUCUGGAAAUCCUUCGUUCGCAUAUAAUCCUUCAAGACCAUUUACUCCAAUUCAAUCCCAAUCUGCAGCAACAUACGACCAGUCAGGUCAGAUUGAGCCCACUGUAGGAUGUCCUUUCUCUUGUAACAUUAAACCCCAGCAACAACAACAACAACAACAACAACAACAACAACAACAACAACAGCAGCAGCAAGUUGCUGCCACAGCACAAAGUCUUUUCAAACCUAGCACAGGUUUAUUUUCAAGUGUAUUGCCUCAAAACCCACCUGCUCCAAAACAACCGGAAGACAAUAACCUGCUUUCAUUGAAGAAUGCAUUCCCUGAAGUAAACGUGCCACACUUUAUUGUUUCUCCACAAGGUGUAAUGCGCACUGAAUUGACAGCCAAUAUGUUUAACCGAAAGUCUUCGAGAGCCGACGCUCUUCUCGCAGAUCAAAGACCUCAAAACAACAACAAUUCUUCUAGACAUCUCUCAUCCAUGUACAGUGUAAAGGAAAAUAUGCUUCCACCUUUCUUGACAGCCCCCUCAAAUUCCCAUCAACGUCGCGUCGCACAAGUUGUGGGUGAGGGUAUUGUCGAAAACGUAAAGGAAACUUCUACAAAAAACACGGAAAAGCUUCCCGGAAUUUUUGGUGCAAAAGGCCACAGUGGGUAUGGCUUUGUCAAAAAUGCAGGAGAAUCGUCUGAUGGCCAAAAAAUGAAGAUACCAAAUGCCUCUUUGUGGACGUCUGGUGCAGCCAUGUCUAAGUCUGAACCGGCUAUAAAACCACAACAACCUUUUGUUACUCAAAAGGAUUUCUUUCUCAACUCUCCAAAAACCAAUAAUCAAUCAACCAAUACUCUAUUGAAUGUAUUUGGAUUCCCUCCGGAAAAUAUGGAAGAAACCAUUGCGCGCUUCACAAAUAUUGGACCUGCUACCGAACUUGAACGCAUAGCCGUUGACUGGUUUCGUAUUCGUUAUGAAAAUCCUGCAAAUGCAAAUGAGGCACUCAAAUUGAAUACAUGCUUUAUUCGAAAUGGAUAUAUUCUUGGUGUAACCCCUGUUGAAGAUGUACCAGUUCACAUACGCAACAUCACACCUAACCCCCAGCAAUCAUAUUAAUUGAUUGCAUGAACCCUUUUUUUAAAAACAAACAAACAACAAUAUCAACAACAAAAAACAAAGAAAAACAACAAAAAGCAUCCAAAAAAAAUCAACAACAACAACAACAACAGCAAUAAGAAUAACAAAUAUAAGCAUCGCAUUUAACACAGACAUGGUUAAGCGUCCCACCAUAAUCGACUUAAAACUUCCUUCAUUCUUGGUGUAAUAAAAACGAGAAUGCAAUAUUACUAAUAUGUGUGUAUUUUAUUUUAUAUUUCUUUUUUAACAUGAUUUUAUCAUUGAAGAAAGUAUUAUUCUUUUGGAUUAUGUCAAUAAUAUAGAAACAGACAAACUUUGGAAGAGAGAGGAUGUGUUUUUUUUU